UACACUAACUCCCUCUCCCUCUCUCCUCCGACGCCAUGAAAGAAGAGCAACGCUCCCUCCUCCUCAAGUCCGCCGCUCUCUUCUCUCCUCCCCAAGGAGUGAAGCUGUCGUAUGGGACGGCCGGGUUCAGGGCAGAUGCAUCGAUCCUGCAAUCGACGGUGUAUAGGGUGGGGAUCCUGGCGGCUCUGAGAUCGCUGAAGACUAGAUCAGUGGUUGGUUUGAUGAUCACAGCGUCUCACAAUAAGGUCACUGAUAAUGGAGUCAAAAUCACCGAUCCAAGUGGAGGGAUGCUCUCACAGGACUGGGAACCCUUUGCCGAUCAACUUGCCAACGCCCCCACUUCAGAAAUUCUUGUUUCGCUAAUAACAGAAUUUGUUGAGAAGGAAAACAUCCUAUUAGGUGGAGAGCAGUCAGCACAGAUAUUGUUGGGUAGAGAUACUCGGCCUAGUGGAGAAAAUCUCCUUGAAGCUGCAAAACAAGGAAUUAAAUCGGUUCUUGGAGCUACUGCACUUGACAUGGGAGUUUUAACAACCCCACAGCUUCAUUGGAUGGUGCAUGCUAGAAAUAAAGGCAUGAAAGCAACUGAAUCUGACUACUUUGAACAGCUCUCUAGCUCAUUCAGGUGCUUGGUGGACUUGAUCUCAAAUGGAACUAAGAUCAAUCCAACAGAUAACAAAGUUGUUGUUGAUGGGGCAAAUGGUGUGGGUGGGGAGAAACUUGAAAUUCUAAAGAGCAUGCUAAAUGGCUUGGCUAUUGAAGUCCGUAAUUCAGGAAAAGGCGGAGGUGUACUGAAUGAAGGGGUUGGUGCUGAUUUUGUACAGAAGGAGAAAGUCUUUCCACAUGAAUUUGGUUUCAAGGAUGUUGGAAUAAGGUGUGCAAGUCUGGAUGGAGAUGCUGAUCGCCUUGUAUAUUUUUCUGUGGCAUCAGAUUGUAGCAGCAAAAUUGAUCUUGUUGACGGGGACAAAAUUUUAUCUUUGUUUGCUUUAUUCAUAAAAGAGCAGCUUAGUGUUCUCGAUGGGGAGAAAAAUGAAAGAUCAGAUAAUAAAUAUCAAGCUCGUCUUGGUGUUGUACAGACAGCAUAUGCAAAUGGAGCAUCAACAAAGUACCUUAAACAGUCAGGUCUAGAAGUUAUUUUCACUCCAACAGGGGUGAAAUAUUUACAUGAGAAAGCUGCUCAGUAUGAUAUUGGGAUCUAUUUUGAGGCAAAUGGCCAUGGCACCAUCUUGUUCUCAGAAGGUGUCUUAUCAUGGUUAGAGGCCAAGAAUAAUGAGCUUGCUUCCUUGGCUAAAGGUUCAGAACAGCAGAAAGCUGCUUUGAGACUAUUGGCAGUCAGUAAGUUGAUUAACCAAGCUGUUGGAGAUGCUUUGAGUGGCUUGCUCUUAGUAGAGGCAAUUUUGCAACACAUGGGAUGGUCAAUACAUAAAUGGAAUGAGCUUUAUCAGGAUCUACCUAGUCGACAGCUUAAGGUUAAAGUUGUUGACAGAACUGCUGUUGUUACAGCAAAUGCAGAAACUAGGGUGGUGAGUCCCCCUGGCAUUCAAGAAGCCAUUGAUUCUGAAACUGUAAAAUACCCUCAAGGGAGAUGUUUCAUACGGCCAUCAGGUACAGAGGAUGUCAUCCGAGUAUAUGCAGAAGCAUCAACACAGGAAGAUGCAGACACCCUGGCCAACUCCGUGGCAAGCAUAGUAGACCAGUUCCUGGGAUUUGGCACUCCAAAGUAGCAGCUUCUCAUAACUAUUUAAUGCAACGAAAUUUCACAAGCUUGUCAAACAAGUGGCUUUCUAAUGUAACUAACCUAAAUGACAGAACAAUCCUUUGAUAUUCAGGGCACGGAGUUCACUUCAUGUUGUUAGAUUUGUAUUUUAAUCUUUGUUGAAUUGAUGAGAAUUUUUAUUUGGAAACAUUUUGAGAUGAAUUCCGAACUUCCAAUUGAGUUUGUA